ACGGCCUCAACUCUAGCCGUGAUCUAUAACGGCGUUCUGGCGGCGCGGCGCCCCCCUCCAUCUUCUGAAAUCAUUGGUCUGUGGCACUAUUGAUGACACUUUACGUUACAUAAAAUUCAGUUUAUCUUCCCCUGCUUUCGCUCGGUGUUGCAUCCGCAGAGGAACGAUCGAUGCCGAUUUAUGUUCGCGCAUGCUGAGUUUUUUCGCUUGUUAUUCGGUGAUAUUAUGGCGACGGUAUUUGCGAGUGCGAUAAUUGAGAAGAACACAGACCGCCCCCUGCCAAAAUUCGGUGAAUGGGAUGUUAAUGAUCCCGCUUCUGCCGAGAGUUUCACAGUAAUCUUCAACAAAGCUAGGGAUGAGAGGAAAACUGGCACUAAUGCCCAAGGAUCUGACUCCCCUGCAAAGGACCUCUCUUCUGAAAAACAGGGAACCGCAUAUUCCACUUCAAAGCGUAGCUCUAAAAAAUGGUUGUGCUGCUUCGGUUCAACACCUGCUCAGUCUUGAUCAUGAUACCAUUGGCCUGGAAUGUGUAAAGUUCUGCUAUCAAAAUGCUUUGGUUUUUCCUUCUGUAUCCCAAAUGAUCGUUGGCCUUACAAAGCUGUCUGUAUAAUUUAUUCAAGGUUCUCUAAGAGGGAAGAGGUUCUAAAUGCUUGAAGUCGCCUAUGUUAUUUCCAGAUUAUUUGAAUGAUAAAUUUUCAAAACAUGAAAUUUUUUUUUUUCUAAAUUAUACAUUUAUGUCUCAUAGUAGAUACAAUCAUCAGAGUGUAAUAAAUUGUUAUUUUAGUCAGUGUUAUAUAAAAUUGCUUCUUUGUUGGGAGUG